UUUAGACAUUCAAUGAAGUUCAUUUUUCUUUUUCUUUUUUCCUCCCAGGAUCUGGCUCAUUUGCCACACAGAUAAGGCAAAUGUUUUAUAGUCUGUACUGAGUUUUGCGCUUUCAAAGGAUUAGUGUCCUUUUCAGUUGUAAAAACCUACAGUGUUAGUAGGAUUGAUUUUUUUUUUUUCCAGCUGUAUUUGCAAUGAGCACAUUUGGAACAGCACUGACAUCCAAUGGCUGCUUAAAGUAAUACAAAAAGUGAGCCUCUUAAAAAGGUCUUAGUAAAAUGAAUGACUUGUUCCUUUUAAAAGAUGAUCAUUACAAAACUAUCCCUUUAUUCUAUUUUAGCCAGUUAUUUAUUACUCCCUGUGCCUGUUUGUCUCUUGGUAAACACUGGGAGAAAACCUUCUUCUCAGGCACAUAAUUAUAGCUCUUUAUAUACUACCUUUUCUAGGAUGGCCUGUUAUAAAUGCGUUUUUUUUUUUUUUCUUUUUGAGAUGAACAAAGGCACAAUAAGAUAAAAAAAAUCGACCUCUCUCACCUUUUUGGAGAAAUUGUUACAAGGCAAUGUGAACUGAGCAGGAAUUGUAAUUCAGAUUCUGGAAGCUUAUCUUCUCAAUUGAUUCUUUCUUAUUCUGUAGAUGUUUGCAAUUUUUGGAUUACUGUAUAAACCAGGACCAGAAAAUUCAAAAGUGAACCCACUUCUAUUCAACUUUAAAGAAUUUCUAAUCUAGGCCAGUGAGAUUGCUUAGCAGAUAAAAGCACUUUGCUGAAAAGUCUGAUGGAUGUCAUCUGUGGGAUCCAGGUGGUAGAAGCAGAGCACACACAUACACACACACACACACAAUUUUUCAAAGGUUUGAUUUUAAAAUCAACAGUUUGUCUGGGAAAUGAGGUCAGCUGUACUAAGUAUAGAUAGUGACAUGAAGUUGGUGCUAUUUAAUCAGAAAUUUUAAGAAAGGAGCCUGUGCUUCCAGAAAAAAAGAGGUGGAGGAAAAGAAGGGAAAAGGAAGGAGACAGAAAAAAUAGCCAGCAGUAGGAACUUAAACUUGGAAAACUCCACAAGUAUAAGCCUAAAAUUUCUAUGUGUUCAAGAUAAGCCGUUGAAUAUUGGUAGGUGUUUAAAUGUUUUUUUUUUAAUUAACUUUCAGUCUUUAUAGCCACCCUGACCAAGUAGAAUCAAAACCUCAAUCUUGCACAACCUGCCUUUUUCUGUCAGCACUAUUUAAAAAAACAAAACACACACACACACACACACACACACACACACACACAACAACUGAGCUACUAGAAAAGAAAAAAAGUAUUCAGCAAAUCAAAAGUGAGGAAGUGCUAAGCAAAUACAGGAACCAAAAGGGGUCACAGAGGCUGCUUUGCACUGUCUCAUUCAGUUCCUUUGUGGUCCUCUUCACCACAUGCCAACAAAGUUCUUCACAACCUUCGAGACUAGAGCAUCGUAGGUGUAGGACAAUGGAAGAGCUGGAUGCCUUAUUGGAGGAAUUGGAACGCUGCACCUAUCAGGACAGUGAGGAAUGUUCAAAUCCAGUUUCUUGUCACCUGGAUCAGCAAUCCACAGAGGAGAGCAAGCUUCCCCAAACUCCAAAGAAGUUGUCAUCUCAGGGUAACACAAGUCCCUUGAAGGUACAGCUCGUGUAUACGACCAAUAUCCAAGAGCCCAAUGUCUACAGUGAGGUCCAAGAUCCAAAAGAAUCAGUACUACCUCCCAAAACCUCAGCAGCUGCUCAGUUGGAUGAGCUCAUGGCCCACCUGAGUGAAAUGCAGGCCAAGGUUUCGGUGAAAGCAGAUAUCAGCAGGGAACCUUUGCCAGACCAGCAGGAUCACAAGGCAUCUCUGGACUCAAUGCUUGGAGACUUGGAACAGGAACUACAAGAUCUUGGGAUUGCCACAGUCCCCAAGGGCUACUGUGCUUCCUGCCAGAAACCAAUUGCUGGGAAGGUGAUCCAUGCUCUGGGGCAGUCCUGGCACCCAGAGCAUUUUGUCUGCACUCACUGCAAGGAGGAGCUUGGCUCCAGUCCCUUCUUUGAACGGAGUGGCCUGGCCUACUGCUCAAAAGACUACCACCACCUGUUCUCUCCACGCUGUGCCUACUGUGCUGCUCCCAUCACAGAUAAAGUGCUGACAGCAAUGAAUAAGACAUGGCACCCAGAGCACUUCUUCUGCUCUCAUUGUGGAGAUGUGUUUGGUGCAGAAGGCUUUCAUGAGAAGGACAAGAAGCCAUACUGCCGAAAGGAUUUCUUAGCUAUGUUCUCACCCAAGUGUGGUGGCUGCAACCGCCCAGUGUUGGAAAACUACCUUUCAGCCAUGAAUACUGUCUGGCACCCAGAGUGCUUUGUGUGUGGGGACUGCUUCAGUAGUUUUUCUUCUGGCUCCUUCUUUGAACUGGAUGGCCGUCCAUUCUGUGAACUCCAUUACCAUCACCGCCGAGGGACCCUCUGCCAUGACUGUGGGCAGCCCAUCACUGGCCGCUGCAUCAGUGCUAUGGGGCAUAAGUUUCAUCCUGAGCACUUCGUGUGUGCUUUCUGCCUGACACAGCUGCCAAAAGGCAUCUUCAAGGAGCAGAACAACAAGACCUACUGUGAAAAAUGCUUCAUUAAGCUCUUUUCACAGUAGUUCCCCUUUGACCCACAUCUGCUUCAUGUUGCCUAUAAAACUGAGGCCAAGAUAGGAAAGAGUACAUGUUGUGCCCCCAGCCUUCUGUUCAGUGGGCUAAUAGAGUAUAAACAAUGAACAAAUAAGGGCCUUUGUAGAUGUCAUUAGGCUUAUAACCUUAAUUUUGAAGAUGCUUCUCAAAUUAUAUAUUUGCAUUUAGAUUUAGUUUAUGCUAUUAUGACCCUCUGAAGGUGUAUUUCUUAUGUGCACAGUUCCUUCAACUUGUGGUUUUCUCUUUCUCACUUUUUACCUCUACUGAUGCCCCAUUCAGAUCUUCAGAUGUGGACCACAGGGUUUUACUCUCUCUGCUAUCAGGGUCAUGACACUACUCUUAAACCCUUAGUCUCUUAGUGUCUCUGCAUUUUGCUUUUUAAACGGAAGUGUAUUUUAACUGACACAUGUGAUGAAUAAAGCAUCUUGUGGUUUUGGUGA